UUUAGUGCAUGAUUGCGUUGUAGCUAACCCGGAACCCAUAACUAUUCGAUUGCCAUGACUUAUCUGCUCAAGAGCAGGAGUGAACCAACGCAGCUGUUACCGGCGUCUUCAGAAGAACAGCAGAGAAAGAUAAAUGAGGUCCGGGAACUCCUUGGCGAUCUGCCGACAGAGAUGCCGAACUUCCUUUCGGAUGCCACUAUCCGCCGGUUCCUCCGAGCAAGAAACUGGAGUACGACGAAAGCUACUAAGAGUCUCAAAGAAACUACCAGUUGGAGACGUCACUACAAGCCAGAGAAAAUUCGUUGGGAAAGCAUUGCCGAUAGUGAGAAUGAGGCUAAGCGAGCGUACAUACCGGACUACCUUGACAAGAACGGAAGAAUGGUCUUCGUAACACUUCCAGCAAUAAAGGGAUUAAAGCAAUGCCAGUUGCAGAGGUACACCCAGACCAAAACUUCAGAGAAGGAUCAUCUAAAGUAUCUAGUGUAUAACCUGGAAACCCUGCUCAUGUAUUCUGAAGAUGCAGAAGAAGAGUGUAUUGUUUGGAUCUCUGACUUCCAAGGCUGGGCAAUAUCAAGUACACCAUUUUCGUUGACCCGACAAUCACUACACAUAAUUCAACAAUACUAUCCAGGAUUGAUAGCAGUCGCUAUUCUAACCAACCCACCAAUAAUUUUUGAAUCCUUUUGGAAGAUAAUAAAACGUUUCCUAGAGCCACGAAUGAAUGAAAAAGUGAAAUUUAUUUAUAGCAACAAUUCAGAGAGCCAGAAGAUAAUGGGUGACAUGUUUGACCUCGACAAACUGGAGUAUAUAUUUGGAGGAAGAAACACAGCUGAGUUUGACAUCAACAUGUAUGCAGAGAGAAUGAAACGACGAGAUCGCGUACGGGGAUCUUGGACACAGGACAAUGGCGAGGCCUCCUCGAAUAAUACUAAACCGAAUGAAGAUUGAAACUUUAGAUUUACCCAAAUGCUCUGAACCAUGUGAGAUAAGUUAUUAUCCGAUAAAAAUACUAUGUAAACAUACAUUUCUUGCUUGCUUUAGUAAUAGCAAGGAGAUAUGCUAAGAAAAGCAAGGAUUUUUAGAAGAUGUCAUCCACUCGAUGAGAAAUAAAAAGCAAUAUUGAGAAUUUGUGUGGCUAAAUCUUAGUAGCUACUUCCAAAGUAACAGAAAGAACAACAUCUAUUGGAGUAUAAAAGUGGAUUCCUCA